UCACAGAGGUCUUCGUGCCAGUAUUGAGAAAGAAUUUGUGAUCGCUGACCCACCGAGAAGGACAACAGUCACCUCCGCUGGUCCCAAGACAGAGAGCCAAGGAUGCCCAUCGCCCGGACUUGGCUGCUGGCCCUGGCACUCCUGGCUGGGCGUGGGGAGGCCCAGAGCUGCAGGCCUGAACUCCAAGGGAUUGCUCACAACUUGGCCAAAGGCCGCCCGGCCUGUCAGUCCUCCAUCUACCCACAUGUGAUUAUUGGAGCAGCAAGCAAAGCUGUCGAUGGGAACUGUGGUGGGGACUGGUUUAAAGACGGCACCUGCACCCACACGCAGCAGGACACAGAGCCCUGGUGGUACGUGGACUUGGGCGACCAGUAUGCCAUCUCCGCUGUGAUAGUGAAGAACCGUGGAGAUGGUAGUGGCAAGAGACUCGAGGGAGCCCAGAUCCGUGUGGGAGACUCCGUGGCUGACCAUGGCAAGUCCAACCCCCUCUGCGGGACCAUCACAAACACCAGCCUUGGCUCCAUCACUACGUUGUACUGCAAUUGGCUCAAGGGCAGCUACGUGAGCAUCAACAUUCCUGGACGGGCAGAGUACCUUCACGUGUGCGAAGUGGAGGUCUAUGGCACCAAAAUGGAAGACCAAUGUUAA